AAACAAACCUUAAUUAGAAAAAACAAAGGAGGGGAGAGAGAAGAGAGAGUUUGGUGAAGAGGAGGAGAGGAGCCAAACAAUCAGCGGCAGCGACUUGAAAUCUCCGGUGGUUUCGUUCGCUGGCCGCGACAACAACAACAGACAAGCAAUAGAAGACAAUGGUGUUUAUUAUGUUUUGGUCGUUCCGUCUUUGAGUCUAAAGCUUUGAGAAGAAUAUGGGGAGGAAGAAAAGCAGUCAUGUCCAUAGUGCUCCUUCUGACGACGACAACAUGUAUUCUAAAGAUUCUAAACCCAAGAGGAUCUACCAACUCUGGCCUGGCAACAAUAAAUUUUAUUGUGGAGGGAGACUAGUCUUUGGUCCAGAUGCAUCUUCACUUCUUCUGACCACAGCUAUGAUUGGAGCUCCUGCUGUCACAUUCUCCAUCCGAAUGGCUUUCAUGAUCGGCAAGCGCUACCCUUUGUUCCACACUCUUGUCUUGAUGGGUUCCCUUUUGCUCACUGUCUUGGACUUCACGUUUCUCUUCUUAACAUCAUCGAGAGACCCCGGUAUCAUCCCAAGGAACAAAGACGCACCUGAAGGAGAAGGGCUUAACAAGAUCACUCAAUCCUCAGAGUGGGUAAACAACAAGCUCGGUAGCACAAAGUUACCUCGAACCAAAGAUGUGUUGGUGAAUGGAUACACUGUCAAAGUUAAGUUCUGUGACACUUGUUUGCUUUACCGUCCUCCUCGCGCCUCUCACUGCUCCAUCUGCAACAACUGUGUCCAAAGAUUUGAUCAUCAUUGUCCAUGGGUGGGCCAGUGCAUCGCUUUAAGAAACUAUCCUUACUUCAUUUGUUUCAUAUCAACAUCGACACUCCUCUGCUUGUACGUCUUUGUCUUCUCAUGGGUCAGCAUGCUUGAGGCACACGGCAAGAUGUUGUUAAUGAUUAUUACGGAUGACGCAAUAUUUAUUGUUCUCAUUGUCUACUGCUUCGUUGUUGUCUGGUUUGUUGGUGGACUCACUGUGUUUCACCUCUAUCUCAUCUGCACCAAUCAGACAACUUAUGAGAAUUUUCGAUACCGAUAUGACAAGAAAGAGAAUCCUUACGGAAAAGGUCUAUUCAAGAACCUAUACGAGUUGUUCUUUGCUAAGAUCCCACCUCCAGUGAUCAACUUCAGAGACUGGGUUCCCGAGGAACCUGACGUGGAGGUUGGUUCCAUUGCAUCUGAGCUAGACAGAGCCUUUGGACCACGGGGAGAAAAUAAACAUGAUAUGGAUAUGGAAAUUGGAGAUUGGAAAGCUAGCAAGGGAGGUUUGGUUCUCCAGACACUGGAGUAUGACAACAACAACAAAAUUGAAGAGACUGUUAAGAAGAAAGGUUUAAGUGAUGGAACUGCAGAGACCAACACAGUGUUUGAUGUGAGAUCGAGAUAAGAUAAAGAGAUCUGUUGUGGAAUCUUUGCGCCUGUAAAAAUUAAAACCUUGAUUGCUUGUGUAAACUACUUUCUUACUUCUAAAGCCACACACUUUUGUCUCCAAA